AUGCUGCCAACCCCAAGGACGAACUCUGCGCACCGCUUAAAGAAUGAAUCUCUUGAGUUCGACUCAUUCACUCUAGUGCAAACCUCCUCCUAUCCGCACAACAAGAUGCAGCGUGGCCUCGCUCUCCUCACCCUCCCCGUCUUCCUGCUCCUCGCCUCCAGCCUCAGGACGACCGGGCAAAGCCCGUGUCCCGAUCCGGUCGACAUCCUCCCCUGCUCCUGCAUCCAAGAAUCCGACACCGGCGAUGUGAUCGUGGACUGCUCACGAGCGGCCUCAAGCGAUGAGAUCUACUCCGCCUUCAACGACGCCUUUUGGCCCUUCACUGAACUCAAGAGAUUCAAGCUGGAAGACAACACAGGGGUGCGAGAUUUUCCGGAAGGACUCUUUGGCGACGUCUCGUUCGAGAGGAUACACCUUUCCAGAACCACGAUCGGCAGCCUCCAUCCUGGGGCCAUUCUGUCUUCGAAGGAUAGGCUUUCACUUCUGGGAAUCACUUACAGCGCCCUGGUGGACUUCCCCUGGGAUGUCCUCCCGCAAUUGACCAACCUCUCUCAACUUAAUCUCUCUAAUAACAGUUUGACUGUCCUGCCCCAAAGCCAAAGCUCCAGUCUGCAAUAUCUCAUGAUUGAGAAUAAUCAAGUGGCGGAAAUCCAGGCUGGGUCAUCCCUCCCAAACUUGAACAUCCUCAUGUUGAGUAUCGGACCCAACUCGCGGGUAAUCCUCGCCGACAACAGAAUCAGCGAAUUGACGGAAGCGGCCUUCCGCCCUAUGGUGGAGCCACUCUCGCAAGGGGAAGGCUAUAUCGUCUUGUACGGAAACCCAGUGGAUUGCGGAUGCAGCAUCGCCUGGUGGGUCCUAAAUCCUGACUUCCGAUCGACCUUGCAAGGCCGUUGCCCCGGCGGAACGUCUUUCCAAGAUCUCGAUCCAGAGGACUAUCAGGACUGCAUCAAAUAGACAGGCGACUUCUCCUCGGGGAUU